AUGAGGUCGUCGCCGGUCAAGCUCAAGGUCGUGUACCGGCUGAUCGUGGACAGCUUCCUCGCCGCUUCAUGUGCCGCCGUCCUGCUGCGGCUAGGCCCGGCGGAGAUCAUCAGUUGUCUCCGGCCAGUACACCUGUUCUCUGCUGCCGCAGCAGCCACGGUGUACCUAAUGCUCCGCCCGCGCGCGGUGUACCUGGUCGACUAUGCCUGCUUCGACACCUCGCCGCUGCUUCGCAUCCCCAUGGCUUCAUUCAUCGAGCACACCAAGCAUACGCCCACCAUGAGCGAGCGCAGCGUCCGGUUCAUGUCGCGGCUGCUGGCCCGCUCGGGGCUCGGGGAGGAGACCCGCCUGCCGGAGGCGCACCACUUCAUCCCGACGCAUGAGUACUGCACCCUCGAGAACGCCCGCACCGAGUUCGAGCUCGUCGUCUUCUCGGCCAUCGACUACCUGCUCGUCAAGACCGGUGUCACCGCAGACGCCAUCGGCGUGCUCGUCCUCAACUGCAGCCUCUUCUGCCCCACGCCGUCCUUGGUCGACAUCAUCGUGAACAAGUACAACCUGUGCUGUGACAUCCGUAGCGUGAACCUCUCGGGCAUGGGGUGCAGCGCGGGGCUCAUCUCCGUGGGGCUCGCCAGGAACCUCCUGCAGGUCGUUCCACGAGGCUCCCACGCGCUGGUCGUCUCCACGGAGACCAUCACGCCGAACUACUACGUCGGCAACGAGCGCGCGAUGCUCCUGCCAAACUGCCUGUUCCGCGUCGGCGGGGUGGCGGCGCUGCUGUCGACGUCCCCCGCGAACGCCCGAUUCCGCCUCAAGCACGUCGUGCGCACCUUCACCGGCGCAAACGACGACAAUGCUUACCGGUGCGUGUUCCAGGAGGAGGACGAGCAAGGGAACGUUGGGAUCAACCUCAGCAAGAACCUGAUGGCCAUCGCCGGGGCCUCGCUCCAAGCCAACAUCACCAGGAUGGGGCCGCUCGUGCUGCCGGUCUCGGAGCAGCUCCUCUUCGCGCUCUCCUUCGUCGCACGGAAGGCGCUUCGCGGCGCGCGGAUCAGGCCCUACAUCCCGGACUUCUCCAUGGCGUUCAAGCACCUGUGCAUUCACGCGGGCGGCCGCGCGGUCAUCGACGAGCUGCAGAAGAGGCUCCGGCUCUCCGACGAGCAGGUGGAGGCGUCACGGAUGACGCUGCACCGGUUCGGAAACACGUCUAGCAGCUCGCCGUGGUACGAGCUGGCCUACGUGGAGGCCAAAGGGCGGAUGCGCAAGGGCCACCGCGUCUGGAUGAUCGGCUUCGGCUCAGGGUUCAAGUGCAACAGCGUGGUGUGGGAGUGCAUCCAGCCUGCUGCCCGCAACAUCCAUGGGCCAUGGAGCACGUCCAUCCACAGAGAGAGCCUUGGCUCUGUGGUUGGGUAUGCGGUUGUGCAGCCCAACGACUCGAGUUCAAUUCCGAGAAUUAACAGGUGA